AUGGACUUUUUCAAUGAUAUAAGUGGUUCGAACGAUAAUGCUGAUGAUUUCUUAAGCUUAUUCGAGAGUUCGAGUUUCCAACAGAACCGCAUACAGCAGACUGGGAUGGCUCCUGAGAAUAAUGCUUCCCCUAUGGCAAUGUCUGGUAAUUUUACUGCUCAAGGAUCUCCAUCAUUUGGAAACAAUACUGCAGGUGGAACUCCAUUUGAUACUACAAAUGCUAAUAAUAAUACUUUAUCUCCUCAAGUGAUUCUAGCAAGAAAUUCAAUCACUGGUGGUUCUAUGCCAAACCAGAUGGCUAUGUCCCCACAACAAAUGUUCUCUCCAAUGGGCAUGCAAAACCAGGCAAAUAUAAAUGCAAAUAAUAUCAUGUCUCCUUCUAUGCAGAGUAACACUUCGGCAAACAAUACGCCAGGAUCUUCAGGUACUUUAGGACCACAACAAAUACUAUCAAAUGGUAAUCAAUCAAGAAUGUAUCAAAAUUUUAAUAAUCAACAGUAUAAUGUACAAUCUCCAAUGAUGAAUUCUGAUAAUAUGAAUGUCCCCAUGAAUACAAACAACCAAAUGAAUAUGAAUGCAGGGAAUAUGGGCAAUUCAAAUGCUGGCUCUGGAAAUCUACAAAAAAUAAAUAAUGGCGGGAAUCAAAAUAAUAUAACAGCAGACAGGGCUGCAAUGAUAAAUCUUCUAAAGCAGAGGCAACAACAACAAUUCCAACAACAACAGCAACAGCUGCAGCAGCAGCAACAACAGCAACAGCAGUUUCAGCAGCAAGAGCAACAUCAACAAUCUCAAAGUAUGCAAGGUCAGGGAGGUCAAUCUCAAGCUAGCACUCCUGGUCAAUCUUCUCAGCAGCAAUUCCAACAAAUGCAACUGCAAAUGCAGAAGCAAAUGCAGCUACAGUUACAAAAGCAGAAGCAAAUGCAACAGCAGAAACAGCAGAAGCAGCAAAAACAGCAGAAGCAGCAGAAACAGCAAAAGCAGCAGAAACAGCAAAAGCAACAACAACAGCAGCAACAGCAGCAACAACAGCAACAACAGCAACAACAACAACAACAGCAGCAGCAGCAGCAACAACAAUUAUCACUGCAAGGCCAAUCGAAUGCUAAACAAAGAAGCCCUCAAGUUCCAUCUCAAGAUGGUUCAAACGCGCCUACGCCAUCUCAAAAUUCAUCUAUUCACCAAAGUCACCCUUCUCUUUCAAACUUAAGUCCAGAAUUGCAACGUAGAGUCUCAGCAGAAUUAAAUAAUAAACAAUACGAAUUGUUCAUGAAAUCUCUUGUGGAAAAUUGUAAAAGGAAUAACAUUGCACUUCAAUCAAUUCCUGAAAUCCAAGGUAAGAAGAUCAACUUGUUUAUAUUGUUUAUGCUAAUCCAACGAUUUGGUGGUGGUGAUCAAGUUUCUAGAAACCAACAAUGGCCACUUUUAGCCCAAAGAUUACAAAUUUCAGAUUCACAGAAACUAGCCGCUCUAUAUUAUCGAAUAAUAUCUCCCUAUGAAAAGUAUCUAGUUUCAGCAGAUGGUAUUAAGGAAACUCAAGCCAAAAAAGUAUUUUUACAGCAGUUUUUCCAAGAAAUGUUAAAGAGAAUUCAAAUGUUUACUUCACAACAACAAGCCCAAGUUUCAAUGAAUACUUCAAAUCAACAGCAAGAGCAACAAAUAGAUCAGCAAACACACCAACAAAUGCAGCAGCCACGUCAACCACAGCCACAACAGCUACAGCAACAACAACAGCAUCAACAACAAGCACAAGCACAAGCACAAGCACAAGCACAAGCACAAGCACAAGCACAAGCACAAGCACAACCACAAGCACAAGUACAACCACAACCACAACAGCUUCCAAUGCAACUUCCAAUGCAACAACCACAACAAAUACCAAAUCAAGGUUUGGCUUCUCAAAGUCCUCAAUUUGUUCCACAAAUCCAACAAAUGCCUGGCAGCAUCAAUUCUAGUGUGGUAAAUACUCCAUCUGCAGACAUUCCUACAACUCAAAUGAACAAGCAGAAGGCUGCUGCUGUUACUAAACCUAAGAAACCAAGAAAGCCAAGACAAAAGAAGAAAACUAAAAAAGAGUUAGAAUUGGAGAAAAAACAGGCUGAAGAACUACAAAGAAAGCAGCAACAGUUCAUUGAAGAACAACAGAAGCAACAGCAGGCGUUGGUGGAACAACAGAUGCGCCAACAGCAAGAGUUAUUAAGGAAAAAAUAUGAUGAGGAACUAAAGAAACUCCCUAAAAAAUAUAUAAGAACUGUGGGAACAAAUUAUGUUCCAACCUCAAGACCAACUGAAUUUUUGAGCGGCUACGAUAUCAAUCAUAUUUCACAAAUUGGUGAAAAGAUCGAUGCCAAUAAGCCAAUCUUUUUAUUCGCUCCAGAACUAGGUACUGUGAAUUUAAAGGCAUUAUCAAGGUCUUUAGAAUCAUCUAAUCUAGGGGAAACCAAUACUGCAUUAAACACAUUACUAGUAAUUAGUGCUGAUGUUUCAUUGGAUAUAUCUCUUGAUAAAUGUUUAGAGUUAUUGGACGUUUUAUCUGUUUUGGGUACAAAAUUAUUAACCAAUCUUUCAUCUAAUCCAAAGUCUUUAAGAAAUGAACAGUUAAAUAGUUCUCAUUGUGAAGAGUAUGAUGUCAAAACAUUUUUAGCCAGAGAUUUCACUUCUUAUUCUUCCUCCGAAGAGUUGAUGGAUAACAUAUUCAAAGAGUACAUCGAAAAUAAUGCAGUUUCCAGUUCUCCUGAAUCUGUUGUAGUAACAGUUGAUUCUUUGACAGGCCGCGAUAUCAAUCAAGUUCCCCCAAUGCUAACACCAGCACAAACACCCAUGAAUGACUUAAAUUUAUUCAAUGAUGAGUCGUCUGAAUUAAAAAGUUAUAAGUUAAAGGAAAAAUAUAAUGAGAAAUGGAGCUAUUUACCUCCUCCAAUAAGGUACCAGUCUAAUCAGCAUUUAGCGGAACUUCAAUUAACUUCAUGUCUAGAGACAUUAAGGAAAGUUAGAACAGAGGUUGAUACUCCAUUCACCAAAGUUAACGCCAGAGGUGCAGAAAACCCAAGAAUUUUAGUUUGUGACCAAAUAUCUACUAUAUCUAUGAUUUUGAGAAAUAUAUCAUUUUCCCAAACAAAUAUCAAGUACAUGGUUAAGAAUUUCUAUAUGAAAAGAUUUUUUUCUGAUCUGUUGUGGUGUUUGAUAACAAAUCCAGAAAUGUUCACUUUUAAUCGAAAAUGCUUCAACUUAAAGAAAGACAUAAUGUCACUCUUUUCAAAUAUCGCUCAUAAGUAUAGACUGGAAUCUGUGACUGAUUCAUUUUUAAUUUUGUUAUUAUUGAUGAGUUUUGGCCAGCCUAAAACGGACUACAGAAGCUUGGGAUCUGAUUCACUAACUUAUAGUGAAUAUCCUCUCGAACUUGGUAAGUACCAAAGCUUUGGCGUGGAUGUAUUAGCAAAAUUAUUAUCUUUAGAAACACCUAAUAGAGGUCUUUUCAAGAUGGUACUAUUUAAUGAUUUCGAAAAAGUUGAUGGAAAAAAUAAAGAUGUUAAAAUAACUGAAAGAUUAAUCCGUGCUUACAACAAUGGUGAUCCGUAUAGAUUAUUUAAUGAUGUUUUUUCAUUCUUAAUAUCUAUCAUUCCGUUUAAUCAAGUCAGUCAGAUGCCAAAUAUGAUAGAAGGUCUAGCUCCGAUGAUAUUACAAAGUUUAACUUCUUUGAUUACAUUGGUGAAGAUGAUCAAGGAAGAUAAAAAGAAAAAGCAUGGAAAAAACUUACCUUUACAAUGGUUAUUAUUCGAAGAAAACAUUGGCUGUAAUUUAAAGAGAUUAAGUGAAAAUAUUUUAAAAAUUAAUAACCCAACUAAUAGCGAUACCAACAAGGAUGUGCAAUACUUAAAACAUGUUUUCGUUUCAAUCUCAUCCUCGUGUAUUGAAUUGGUGAAUUUAAUAAUUGAAAAAAGUAUUAAAUUGGCUAAUGUUACAGAUGAAGAGGGUGCUAAUAGCAAGAAUUCUAAAGAAACAACAAAUGUUUUUGAAAAAUUAUCAAGCAUCCCUAAUUUGUUCCCAAGUGAACUUGAUUGUAUGCUACUUCUAACUGAUCCAAAUAUCGAUAUUCGAGUAAUUCAACAAUUAGAGAAGUUAAUUGAGUUAAGAAGUCAGAUAUUAGGGGAAUUGAUAAAAGUUCAAAAGUGA